AUGGUGGUUGGUGAUCUAUCGGUAUGCGGUGUAGUACGACCUGUUCUCUACGAUACCGGUGCUGACGUCUCCCUUAUCGCAGUCGGGACUCUACGAAAGAUCACUAACAAACAGCUACGUUUUGGUGAUCCAUCUACCCAAGGGCGGGUAAACGUUGCUAAUGGCUCAAGCCUCUCUAUUCUAGGAAAGGUUGAGCUAGAGGUCGGCUAUGGGAACACCUUUACAAAGGAUACCUUUCUACUCGCCUCUGAUGAGUUGAGCACUCCUGUAAUUAUUGGAUGCUCUACUAUGGCUAAGCUACGUACCACUAUAUCUAUAUCGCCUGAUGGUAUCAUCGUUCGAUUGGGAGAACGAUCUACUCAAGUUUCUACAGUUGAAGGUACUGAACCCCGUCUAUCGCUGCGUGAUAUGGAUUGGUUACGUAAGGUCGCUGUUAUGCACAUCAGCCAUGUUGUCUCUCUAUCAUCUAUAUCGGUAUCUAGAGUCAAACCUUCUAUCUUUAUUAAGCCUAGUACUCUCGAGUUCUGCUACGACGGUAAAGAUGAUAACUAUGUUCUCUACGAUACCUUCAAUGAUGACAUUGAGAUCUAUCCCGAUCUCAGGUUAUCUAUCGGUUACGGCUCUACUAUGUGUUUUGAUACUAUCACUGACUCCUCUCUAAUCCCAGACUGUGAUCUACUUCCACCGUGGGAAGUUAUACCUAGGGAAUGGACUAGUGAUAAGAUUGCUCCACUACGUCGUGCAUCUACUGAAGUACCAUGGCGAAGUCAAGACCGUCCCGGUUUCAACUUCCACUACGCGGCUAAACGUGGUCUAGCCUCUAUAGCUCGUCUAGAUUCUAAACAGCAAUCUAUGUUUGAGGAUGCCCUUUCACAACUUGUCGAUAGGGGUUUUUGUUCGAUUGUCUGUGAUCUACGGUCAACUGGUUUGAAGAAGCCAACUAGAGCUAUGUGUCAAGCAGCUUGCUCUACGUUGGUCAAGG